UGCUGUAGUCCCGCGGCUCCCGGGUGCUCGUUUCUCCGCUCCCCCCAUGGCCUUGAGGAGGCCGCAGUUUUGUGUCCUUAAACAGGCGGUUUCCGGCCCGGAGAGGCGGCUUGUCGGUCGGCGAGCCUCACACUAUGUGAGGACUGAGCUCAGCAUUCUUGGUGGUGGGGCUGGGGGAAGUUAAGAAUUGUGGUUGCUUCACCUUAUGAAAAAGAUUUCAAAAUUCUAAAUGCAAAAUUGCUACGGAGCGUCCCCGGGCCUGGCCCCUAAGCUUGCGAUUCGCGGUCUAUCCGCCCCUGAGGGCUUCGAUGGGCUCUCCCGAUUCGAGGCCUGCCUGGAGGAGCUUUCAGGAAUGUCCGGAGACCCCCUCCCGCCGGGUAGUCUCCAUUGUCUCUAGGCUUUCGUCUGGAGAGGAAUGCGGGGCCGGCGAAUUUGAGCAAGGCCCGUUAGGUGUAAACGAAGGCUUUUGUGUGGGCUCCAAUUAAAUGCUGUUUCUGCACACCUGUGUUGCUAGUCGUAAUUGCGAUCGCCUGGGAUGCACCGCCUUUGGUGGAGAUCAGAGAGCGACGGUGGAAGUGUCGCCUAGGGGUUUGCUAGGCACUUGGGAAAUGACUCCCUGUGCUUUCUCUGUGUUGAAGAUUGCACUAUGCUUUUCACACAAAGGGACAUUAUUAAAAACUUUUUCUUUUUGGUUUUGGUGGGUUUUUGUUUGUUUUUUGGUUACAUGUGAGCCCUGGAUGCUUGAAAACAAAUGAAAAGUGUUUAGGAUCUAAUCAAAUUGAUUUAUAUUAUUUGAGGCUUGAAUUAAGUCUAUUCUGUCUUCCACUAUCCCCUCUGUAUAUGUAUGUAUAGCGAUUACUACUAUUGUUAGGUUUUAAUGAGUAUCUUACCAUAAAUAGCCACUAUUUCAAAAUAUAUUAACAUCCACAAAAUUAGGGCAAUACAAUAUUUCAGCACUCAGAUUUGUUCCUAAAACUUAUUUUUCGCCAUGAUAUCCUAAGCCCAAACUUUAUUCAGCUCUCUUUAAGGGUUGAGUAACAGAUAAUGAUGAUGAAACAAAAUAAACGCAGUGCUAUUUCAGAGUUGUCUAUGUGCCAGCCACAGAGUGAGAAACCCCUAAGUUGUAGUUUCUAGUUAUUUAUAUAUGUGUUAGAAUUCUAGUUAUUUAUGCAUAUAUUAUAUAUAUUUGUACAUAUAUUUAUGCAUAUAUACAAAUAACAAACUUUCAUUUGUUAUUUUAGUUGUCUGCAUACAGUUGUUUCCCUAUAUUCAAUGAAUUUAUAUUAAUUACUUGGUUUUGUAGCAUACAAGAAAGAAAAUGAGUGAACUGUAUACCAUAAGGAUUCAAAAUAGCACCUUACUAUUGCCAACAUUGGCAUGGCAAACUUGUGAAGGAAUUCCCUUUGGACUAGGUCCACUAAAAAUGGUGUCCAGGGCUAAGGUAUUUCAUCUUAUCAGUUACUGAAUUAUGAAGAUGAAUCAGAUGUUUCACUCUAUGGAAGGCGAGGCAACCAUAUUGUGAAUGAUGUUGGGAUUAAUGUCACUGGAUCAGAUUCUGUUGCAGUGAAAGCUUCAUUUGGUGUGGUGACCAAACACGAAGUGGAAGUAUCGACAUUACUCAAGGAAAUUACUACACGAAAAAUUAAUUUUGACCACAGCUUGAUACGUCAGACAAAAAGCAGCAGAAAGGCAGUAUUGUGUGUGGUCAUGGAAAGCAUUCGAACCACACGACAGUGCUCGCUGUCUGUGCAUGCUGGAAUUCGUGGGGAAGCCAUGCGGUUUCAUUUUAUGGAUGAACAGAAUCCCAAGGGAAGGGACAAAGCUAUUGUUUUUCCAGCACACACAACCAUAGCUUUCAGUGUUUUUGAACUCUUCGUUUACUUGGAUGGUGCCUUUGACCUUUGUGUCACUUCAGUGUCAAAAGGAGGUUUUGAAAGGGAAGAAACUGCAACGUUUGCGCUGCUCUACAGAUUGAGGAAUACACUAUUUGAGAGAAAUAGAAGAGUGAUGGAUGCCAUUUCUCGUUCACAGCUUUACUUAGAUGAUCUUUUUUCUGACUACUAUGACAAACCUCUCGGCAUGACUGAUAUUUCUCUCAAAGAAGGGACUCAUAUCCGAGUUAACUUACUUAAUCACAACAUUCCAAAAGGACCUUGCAUACUCUGUGGAAUGGGGAACUUCAAAAGGGAGACAGUUUAUGGGUGCUUUCAGUGCUCCGUCGAUGGGCAGAAGUAUGUGAGACUUCAUGCAGUUCCUUGUUUUGAUGUUUGGCACAAGAGGAUGAAAUAAAACAAAAAUAAUGAACGUACCUUGCUGGUGUUUUAGGUGCACCUGUGCCACACACCUUUCCAAAAUUUUCUAGGUUUGCUUUGAUGAAUUGUGGCAAAGUAAAGAGGGAGAGGAAAGAGAAAUUAACCUGUUUGGGCAUCAUUUUCUUCAUCGAUAAAAGGGAAGAUAAUAGUUUCUAUCCUAUAAAUUGCCAUAAAGGUUAAUAUUGUUUAUGUGAAAAAGGUUUAAAUAUUCAAAACAUAGUGAUUCCUUCAUAAAAUCUGCCAGUUACUUUAGAAGUAUACUUGGGAAUUCAGUCUAUCAUCUUAACUUUACACAGCGAUUUUUCUCAAUAUCAAUUUUAGUUUUAAUUGGCUUUUAAGUCAACAUUUAAGAAUGACAAGAGGUUAAAUGUGGUGACUUUAUGGUGCCUUACCCACUGCCUUAGGUCUGGUAAAAUGAGAAAAAUGUGUUAAUAAUUUAAUGUAAUCCUAAAUAUUUAAUUGCGGUAUCAAAUUAAAAGCACACUGAGCUCAGUGUGGGGUUUUGUGUACACAGUUAACAGGGAGACUGUUAGUGGUAAUGGGCUGCUGUCCUAUAUCAUGCACAUGCUCCCUAGUUUUGUCUUUAUAAAAACUCACUGCUGUCAAGGUAAGGCAGCUAGAAAAAAAAAAUAGUUAAGGCAACUAGGACACCUUUAUCUUUCACCUUUGAAAAUGUUUAAAAUAUUUAACAUAUUUAGUUCUGAGAGCUCAUUUUCAUCUACUCUGUAAGACAUCUGAAAUUUUUCAUACACAGACAACCUAAGUUAUUAAUUUACUCAACACCCUCAUUAAAAUAAUUGCAAAAGUGAUAUUAAAAUUCUAGAACUCAAAAUGUAGUGAUACUAGGUAUCUACUCGUAUAUGCCUGUGAAAGCAUAAAACAAUCAUGGAAAUAUAAAACAUCUGAUGCCUGUCUGCACGUAGAAUGAUUAAAAUGUUACUGUUUACUUAAAUGUGACUAGGGUUUUUGAAUCAAUCUUCAUUUCAUUUAAUAUCAUCUAUAAAUUUUAAAAACAUAAGUUUAAAAGCACUUUGAAAACAAUGGGACAGGAUAGAACUGUGAAUAGUUUGUAUAAAGGGAUGAUUUCCUUGUAUAUCUUCCUUCCACAGUAUUUUUGUUUUGAGCAGAAUAUGUGAGUCAAGUGCAAAUACGAGUAUACUGAUGGCAAAAUAUUGUAGUGACUUUUUUUGUAUGGAUAUAGAUAAUGGGAGUCGUUUCCAAUGGAGGUUUUCCUGAGGGAAGUCAAAGAACAAGAAUUCGCGAUUAGCAAGUAAAGAGUUUACAAAACUGGGUACAGGCAUGAAGAACUGGGAGGAAAAGAAGAUAGUGAAGGUUUU